AUGGGCCAAGCAUCGCCCUUCCAAACGGAGGCCUGGACAGAGUAUGGGUUCGGUGUGGUCAUCCUCCUCCUACGAUUUUUUGCACGAUUCCGAACUGUGGGGAUAAAGUCAUGGCAAGGAGACGAUUAUUUUGCAAUAGUAGCUCUUCUCUUCUGGACUGCUGAGCUGUCAAUGUUGGAGUUGAUCGGCCGACAUGGAACGAACAUUGGAUGGACACCAGAGCAGCGAGCAGCAUUCAGCGAUGCUGAUAUCGCAAGCCUGCAGAUUGGCUCGAAGUGCCUGCUCGCGGGAUGGAUAUGCUAUACCUCCUUGAUCUGGUCUCUCAAAGCUUGCAUGAUUUUCUUCUAUCUCCGCAUCACGUCCGGCCUGUGGCAUCAGAAGAUCGUUAAAGCCUCUGCCGUAUUGUGCGUCUGCACCUAUCUCUCCGUGCUAUUUACCAUCCUUCUCCACUGUCGUCCGCUGCAUGGAAACUGGCAGGUAAACCCUGAUCCUGGCGACCACUGCACCUAUGACCUUAUCAACUAUAUCGUUAUAGCUGUGACCAAUGUGACAACCGACGCGAUCCUGGUCACCAUUCCGAUCCCGUUGUUGGUCCGAGUCAAAAUCUCUCUUUCGCGAAAGCUAGUUAUUGGCCUGCUCCUUUGUUCAGGCGUCUUCGUGAUGGUCGCCACACUUCUGCGGUGCAUUCUCUCGUUAAAAGAUGUCAAGAGCAUCAACACGAGCACCAUUUGGGCUAUUCGAGAAACGUUCGUCGCCAUUAUCGCUGUCAACGCUCCCUGUAUCAAGCCCCUUUUCAGUGGCGCCAAAUGGAUGGGUUCGACCAAGGACAAAUCAUCCAAAAUCCCUACCAAUGUCAGAAAUAGUGGCAGCUACAACCUGUCAAAGCUUAGAGUUUCACAGAAUAACACACACAAGGGUGCCCUGCCCACCAUCGACGACAAAGACAGCCAGGAGUUUAUACUUGACGGAUCCGAUCAUGAUCGGUCGGACACCUUUGGAUUUACUAACAACGUCUCGACUAGUUCUAAUCAAGCACGGUCUCCAGGCAUCCAGGUCACAACAACAUACGAGGUGACCAAUGUCUAA